AUGGAUCCUGGUCGCAAGAGGAUAGGCUCCAUCGCAGAGUCGGCUACGUCGUCUAAUCAGCGGAGUAAACGCGCCAAAUACGCGCCUGUAGCUUGUAAUGAGUGUAAGAAGAAGAAGCUCAAGUGUGUGAGGGAGGAGGGCGAUGAGAUUUGCAAGAGAUGUGAUGUUAAUAAAGUCGAAUGCAUCUUUGCUCCUACAGCUCAACCGGCAAAGGAAGAUGCUGAGCCAUCGCGAAGACGCUCAACUCAAGAACCUCAAACAGACGUCGGGUCUCUAAGCCAACAAGUAAUCGCCCUCCAAAACCAAGUCAACGCCCUUACAUCAGCCCUCCAAGACGUAUCCCAGCGUCUCCCCCACAUAACCCCCUCCUCCACAAAGUCCACCCCGCAAGGCCACUCCUCCACCUACCGCAAAGACAUCCGCAACGUACACAACGAGCCGCGCGAGCCUCAAUUCGUCGGCCCCACGCGCUCGGCGUAUAGUUUCCAGAUCGCGGAGAACUCCCUCACAGGCAUGGGGAUCGAGCCCAACGCUACUGGUACCAGCACGCCCGCUGAAUCACCCAGUGAGACGGAACCCGUUGUUGAGAGUGAGCACCUUUCGCCAGGGGUAGAGGAUGUUGAGACUCUGGCGAGUUUGGGAAUUGCGGAGGUUCAGAGGCUGUUGGAUAUUUAUAAUGAGGAGAUUCAGAGUGUUUAUCCGUUCAUUGAUGUGAAUGAGUUGUCAACCAAGGCGGUGUCGGUAUUCCAGACACCGCAGGAGAAUACGCUCAAGGAUGUGCAGGCUAUCAAGUUGGCGGUCGCUACGUCAGUUGCUAUCGAGGCACAGGGGCUGAAUAACAUCAGCAAGAGGUUGAUUGAUGAUGUUGAGCCUGUUAUUUGCAGCGUCUCAGGCGAGGCGUUCAUUGACUUGCAAGAACUUCAACUCAUGAUAAUGCUGAGCAUCUAUUGGUUUCAUUGCGGAGAAGACCUCCUCGCCUGGAGAGCCAUCGGCAACGCCGGCCGCGAGGCCCUCGAAAUCGGUCUUCACCGCCGAACCUCACUCUUUGAAAACUUCAAGAACUUGGCAGAGCGAGACUUGGCAAUUCGUUGUUUCUGGUGUGUAUACAUUCUAGACCGAAGGUACAGCUAUGGCACUAGUCUAUCAUUCGGCAUUUCCGACCGGGACAUCGAUCCCCGGUGUCCAGAGCCAAGUGAGCAACAUCCAUAUCUUCGAUGUAUGGUCUCCUACGCCAAGUUAUGCUCCAAGGUCUGGGAGGAUCUACCGCUUGAUUCUUCACCAUUUAUAGUACCAAAGGAUAAAGUCGACUUCUUUGACUUUCUGGCGCAGAAAUGGGUUCACUCUAUUCCUGAGGAUUUACAGCUCGUGUAUCCUCGGCUCUCACAGGCUCCGCGUCAUCAACCUCGAGUUUUACAACGCUUGAGAACGCUCCUUUAUCUAAGAGGGAAUUAUAUACGAAACUUGGUUCUACGACAUCAUGUCAUGAGUGCUGAGAACUUGCGCUCAGAUAUGCAGGGCGCUCAGCUGGUCGUCAGUCUCGCGCAGGAUACGAUCCAGGUUUUGGUGAAUCUGAACGAGACAAGCGAGAUCUAUGCUCGGCAGAAAGCAACGUUUAAUUAUUUCCUGACAGGCGCUCUAGCAACAAUCCUUCUAGCAGUAUGUCACGGCCCCGAUGUCUUCGCCGAUCGCUGCCGACAAAGCUUUCAAGACGCUGUUCGUCUCCUCAAAAACAUUUCUCAGCACGGGCAGCUAGGUCGACGACUAUGGCGCUCACUGAAAGGAACGAUUCAUCGCGCUUUAUCGCUAGAAUCCCCGAUCACACCGACUGGGAAUGCGGCACUCGCAGAGAUUCUGCAGCAGGAGACGCCGGAGGUACGACAACAGCAGACGCUUGUUCCUACGAAUUGGCCGAGAAAUGGACUAGGGAAUAAUUUUAUGGAUGAGAACAUGGCGGACAUGUUUGGUCUGGAGACGGAUCUGUUGAAUCUGUUUAGUGCGUUUGAGCAGGACAAUAUGUUGAGGCCGGUGAGUCAGGUCAACGGGCUUGAUCAAGCUGCGGCAAUACCGGAUCAGAAUGGGGGUGUUGGGCAGGGUGACGAUAUGAGUCGGUUCAAUGGGGGAUUCUAG